AUGAGAAAAGUCUCACAGACGGAGUCAGAAGCGCUUCUCCGAAGUGAUGCGAGUGAAUCAGGCUAUAGUACGACUAGAGAGGGCUCCUCUCAAACGGAUUUUGGUAACAGUGAGAUCCAGACUGUGAAGUUGAACCCGGAGGAGGAACAGAUUGCACCUGAUCUCGCUGACCUCCCAAAAGAAGUCCGAGAAACUGUUCCACUACACGAUGAUCCAACUAUACCGGUGCUCACUUUCCGCUACUUUUUUCUUCUGACAUUGUUCAUUGCCCCUGGAGCGUUUAUCGAUACGAUAAAUUCUUUUCGGACGACUUCAGCGGUAUACUCCAUCUUCUUUGUUCAAAUUGUGUCUCACUGGGCAGGCAAGUGGAUGGCAAGAUCACUUCCAGAUAAGAUCGUCAAAAUCGGUCCGCUUUCUUUCUCGCUUAAUCCGUGUCCCUGGUCGAUUAAAGAGACUGCUUUGGUCACCAUUACAGCAAAAUCUGGCGCAACGGGCAAUUUAGCGACUAACGCGCUUGCACUAGCAGAGUUGUUCUUCGAUACCAAAGUUCCUGCUUACGCAGCAAUGCCCUUCAUGUUCUCUAUUGUAUUCAUUGGUUAUUCGUACGCCGCAAUUGCCAAAAGCGUUGUCAGUUACGACCCUAGGUUUCCCUGGCCUCAAACUUUGAUGCAAACUGCUCUUCUACAAAGCCAAGAUACUGCUGACAGGAAGCACAACUCGAAGCGCAUGCGAGUAUUUUUUUGGUGUGCUGGUACUUUGUGCAUCUGGCAAAUGCUUCCGGAGUACUUAUUUCCCAUGACCUCUUCUUUGGCUGUCUUGUGCUGGGUUGCACCCUCAGAUCCAACGCUCAACUUCAUUGGAUCGGGAAUGGGUGGCAUGGGAUUUCUCAAUUUCACUCUAGACUGGGCAAAUAUCACGUCACAGGUGAUGCUUUAUCCAUACUGGGUUCAGGUAGUGCAAUUCAUUGCAUUCAUUUGUGGAGCUUGGAUACUUUUGCCAAUUGCCAAAUGGUCGAGCCUAUUUACUUUUAAGCAUGAACUCAUGUCGAAUAGGCUUUUCACAUCCGAUGGUCAUUUGUACCCUACUGAUAAGCUAAUGACUCCAGACGGGGGGUUCAACUCUACGGCAUAUGAAUACUAUGGCCCUGUUAACCUUGGGGCCCAAAGAGCGUGGAAUAUGUUCUUUGAUUAUGCCGCAUACGUAUCUGGAAUUGUGUGGGUUGUGAUAUUUGGGUGGGACAAGAUUAAAGCGUCAUUCGGUCGUGAAGGUGCAUAUCGUGAUCGCUUGAACCAAUUACAUUCAGCAUACGGCGAAGUGCCACAGUCAUGGUACUUGACUCUAUUCGUAUUGUCUGUUUCUUCCUUACUUUUUGUUGCCAAUGCUGGGUACAUGUUCAUGCCGUUCUGGACAUGUGUAGUGGCACUUAUCAUGGGUGCAAUCAUAGUGACUCCACUAAUGUGGCUCUAUGCUUUAUCAAAUUUCCAGUUGCCCAUAGGAACAUUCAACGAGCUCUUCUAUGGCUAUCUUGUUGAGAAUGCGCAACAAAAGCACCCAGCAGGCGCUGCCUUCUUUGGUUGUGUUGCAGGGAACGCCUGGUAUAGGUCACAAUUCCAUUUGGAGCUGAUGAAGCUUGGAUUCUACAAUUAUGUUCCACCGAAGUUAGUUUUCUUCUCACAAAUCUAUGGAGAACUUAUUGGCGUUCCAAUAAAUUACUUGAGUCUACGCUGGGUGUUGGCUUCUAAAUGGGACUAUCUCGUUGGAAAGAUUAUUGAUCCUUUGCAUCAAUGGACAGCACAGAACGUCGUUACCUAUCACACUAAUGCCAUACAGUACGUGGUAUUGGGACCUCGCCGUCUCUUCGCAAAUUACCCAAUACUUCCCUAUGGCUUUCUUGUUGGACUAGUGGCGCCAGUGAUAAUUUACCUGAUUCACAAGCGGUUCCCCAACAACAUUCUCAAACUCGAUCUUUGGAACACCACUGUCUUUUUCUCAACUAUGAGUCACUUUUAUGGUAACUUGUCUACAGGUUAUUUGUCCAAAUUCAUGGGUGGAACUGUGACUAUGUUCUACGCCUAUAGAUACAAGCAUUCAGUAUGGAAGAAAUACAACUAUGUGGUUGCAGCUGCUUUCGACACAGGGUUCAAUUUAGCCGUCAGCAUUAUAUUCGUUCUCCUUUCGUUUGGCAUCAACGCCCCUACAUGGUUUGGUAAUGACCCUCGAAGCGUGGAGCGCUGCUUCGCCCUAGAGUAG